AUGCAAAUUGAAAAUUUACCCCUUAAAGAAAGCAUUGAUAAAUUCUAUGAAAUAGAAAGUCUUGGAAUUAGCUGCACACCUAAAUGUGGGAACUGUAAAUGCGGAAAAUGCCCAAUCGGGAACAACAACUAUACUAUUCAGGACGAGAGGGAGUUAAUAAUGAUACGAAACGGGCUCAAUUAUGAUUCUGAAAGUCAAAAGUGGGAAGCAUCGUAUCCAUGGAAAAGGAGUCCAAGUGAAUUGCCUAAUAAUGUUAACUCAGCUAAGGCUAAACUCUUAUCAACGGAGAAACGCUUGCAUAAGAUGGGAAAAGAAUAUAGUGAGUCGUAUCAAAAUCAAAUUGAAGACAUGGUUAAACGGAAUGUAGCCAGGAAAUUGACAGAAAAGGAAAUUCAACAAUAUGAAGGCCCAGUACAUUACAUUCAUCAUCAUGAAGUAUUAAAACCAGAAUCGAAAUCUACACCAAUCAGAAUAGUCUUCAAUUCGUCAGCUUCGUACAUGGGACACGUACUCAACGAAUACUGGGCAAAGGGACCUAAUGUAAUAAAUGAUCUAUUAGGAGUACUUUUGAGAUUUCGUCAGGAGAGAGUAGCCACAGCAGGAGAUAUAUCGAAAAUGUACAAUUCUGUAAACCUGUCUCUACUAGACCAACAUACUCACAGGUUUGUGUGGAGAGAUAUGGAUUCAAGUAAGCUACCAGACCAUUACGUAUUACAAACUGUUACAUUUGGAGAUAAACCAAGCGGUGCUAUCGCAACCAUUGCACUUCAAAUGACUGCUGACAUGUGUUCACAUACAUAUCCAGAUACAGCUCAAAUGAUCAACAAAAAUAGCUACGUUGACGACAUUUUGGUGUCAAAAGAAACAAUGAAGGAGGCAAAAAACCUGAUUCAAAACUGUGACAACAUUCUCCACAAAGGAGGAUUUGCUAUAAAACAUUGGAUUGUAUCAGGAGAUUCUAAUGAUGAAAUGGAAGGACUAAACGUUGUCAGAACAGAUGAAGAGAAAAUACUUGGUAUGAUAUGGCAACCAAUGUCGGAUACAUUUACAUUAAAAAUCAAGCUAAACUUCUCGCCGAAGCGAAAGGGAGUUCGAACAGGUUUUAACUUAAAUGUACAACAGAUCGACGAUAUCCCACAGAACUUGACUCGUCGAACGGUUCUAAGUCAGGUGUCAAGUAUCUACGAUCCUCUUGGUUUGGUAACUCCGUAUAUUUUAUCUGCCAAACUUCUAAUGCGAAGCAUGUGUACAAAGUCAGACAUAGGUUGGGAUACACCACUAGAUGAACAAUUAAUCACAACAUGGAUUGAGUUUUUCAGAGGUUUGUUUGAACUUGAGAACAUUAAAGUACCGAGACGCUUAAAACCAGAGUUCACUAUUGGCAGCCCGACAUUGGUAAUAUUUUCGGAUGCAAGUCAAGUGGCAUACGGAGCAUGUGCGUAUGUUCGAUGGCAAACUGGCAAUAAUUAUGAGACUAGACUUCUUUAUUCCAAGAAUAGGAUUGCGCCUACAAAACAGUUAUCUAUUCCAAGACUCGAACUUUGUGCAGCCAUUCUUGCGGCUCGAAUGAGACAAAAAAUCAUUCAAGAAAUGGACUGGGAAUUUGUAAAGGUAAUUCAUAUAACUGACUCAAUGAUUGUUCGAGCACAGAUCCAAAAAGAAAGCUACGGAUUUGGAACAUUUGUUGCAACGAGAGUUGCGGAAAUACAAAGUAUAACCGAUCCUACUGAUUGGUAUUGGAUUCAAGGGAACCUUAACCCAGCCGACUUAGUAACUAGACCAACACAGCCUGAUAUCUUGGAUGAAAAUUCUGUAUGGCAAAGAGGUCCAGAAUUCAUGAGAGAGUCUAUCGAUUGUUGGCCAACAAGACAAGAUAGUACUAUAGAAUCGAAACAACUUCCAGACGUAGUCAGUGUGACACUAUGUAUUGAUAAGAGACAUGUAAAGAUAGCACCUACUCUUAUCGAUAUUGAUAUAUCCCGAUUCUCAAGAUUGGAAAAGUUACUCCGUGUGACUGCACUCGUGUUAAGUAUAAUUAAAAAGAAAACAUUUAGAGGGACAUUUCACACGUUAAACACCAAAUCAAUUAAGCAAGCAGAACAUGUGUGGGUCAAAGAGGCACAAGGAGAAAUCACUGAGACUUUCAUGACACUAUUUCAGAGACUAGGCCCUUAUAAAAGACAGGAUGGAAUCAUUGUUGUCGGACAGAGGAUGGCUGAUUGGAUUAAGGAAUCAUGGAACCAAACGGAAUUUGUUCUUAUACCAUCAAAACACCCUUUAGCAAAUCUUAUCGUACAAUCUGUUCAUAAUGAGGAUCACGGUGGAAUUGAUUCAACUUUAGCGAAGAUUAGAAGCAGGUUUUGGAUACCUGGUGUUAGGCGCACCAUAAAACAGAUCAAGGAAAAAUGUGUGACAUGUAGAAAAAGAAACAAAACUACUUUGACACAGCAGAUGGGGAAGCUUCCGUCAUAUAGAUUGAAUCCAUCGCCACCUUUUUACUACUGUGCAGUAGAUUUAUUCGGACCGUAUACCAUCCGUGAUACAGUCAAAAGAAGGACAUUUGGGAAAGCGUAUGGAGUGAUUUUUAACUGUCUGACUAGCAGAGGCGUAUAUGUUGACCUUGUUGAAGGAUAUGAUAAGAACAGUUUUUUGAUUGCGCUAAGAAGGUUUGUCUCGAUUCGUGGAUAUCCAAGAAUGAUGAUUUCUGAUGCCGGAACGCAGUUAGUUGCUGCAGGAAAAGAACUUAAGCAAGUUGUGCAUACAUGGGAUUGGGACGAUAUUAAAACAUUUGGAACUAGUAAAGGAAUGCAAUGGAAUAUAAUAAAAUCAGCUGAUGCACCAUGGGAAAAUGGUUGUAGCGAAGCUCUUAUCAAAUCUGUUAAGAAAUGUCUUGAUGUUGCCAUAGGGGAUUCAGUGAUGACAUUUUCAGAAUUGCAAACUAUAUUAUUUGAGACUGCUAAUGUGUUAAAUGAAAGACCGAUAGGUACAAAGAACUGUGAUCCGAAUGAAGGGACAUACCUAUGUCCGAAUGAUUUAUUGCUCGGGAGAGCUAGUAUUCGAGUUCCGAACGGACAUUACAAUCAGGAUUGUAAUCCAAGAAACCGUCAUGCAUUUAUCCAGAACGUAGUGAAUUCAUUUUGGCGAAAGUGGAUUCGUGAUUAUUUUCAUACGUUGAUUAUAAGACAGAAAUGGCAUACAUCAUAUAGAAAUCUCAAGAAAGGUGACUUGGUUUUAGUACAAGACAGCAAUGCUUUGCGUGGAAAAUGGAAACUGGGGCAGGUUGACGAGGCGAUUCCGAGUCUUGAUGGAAAUGUUCGUGAUGUUACCGUGCGUUACAAAAACAUAGGAGGUAGUGGAACCGAUUAUCAAAAUGUCACAGAUACAAAAAUUCGUCGUUCAGUGCACAGACUAGUCUUACUACUUCCUGUUGAAAAACAAACAAAUGUUACUGUUUAA